AUGCAACAAGUCGACAUCUGCCGUCGCGUUGAUAGCAGACAAGAGAAAAUGCAGCCGGCACACGUGACGCUACGAUGUGAGAACGCGGAGCGUGCUGUGUUGCUGUCUGGGUUGUUUCAGAGACGAAUCGUCCCUUGGUCGCAAGCGACUCCCACGUACCCGCAUUGCCACGCUCGUCAGCUCCAUAGAUCUGGAACCGCCUUCUUGCCUUGCGUUCGCUCUUCUCCUCGGCCUGCAUCGUCAGUGACCAACAGACGCAGCCGACACGUCUUCACCGGCUUCUGUCGCACCUUCCGCAAUCGCCUUCUUCAGCAUUCGGCAAGACUUUGGAAAUCCAUCUCGUGCGCCACAGACACCCAUGGAUGCGUCACGCAGCUGAGCGAUCCGGCAGGCUAUCGGUGCCCCAUCGAGCUGAUCAGCACAAUCAUGCCGCCGGCGACGCGGAGGGAAGUCAGGCUCAGUGCCAGCUUGCCUGACCCUUCCUUCAACAACGGCACCACGCAUGUGGGAGAGCCCAGUCGCUCGUCGGCAAUGUUGGUGCCCAACAUGGAUGCUAUUCUCGACAACUUUGAGCAGUUCAAGCGCAAGCACAUCUCCCAGAAUCGCGAAAUCAUAAAGAGCAACGCCCUUCAUCAGCUGCGCAUUCGCGAACUCGAGAACCGCAUCCACACCCUAGAAGCAGAAAAGGUGCAAAAGCAAAUGGACACCGUCGGUCUCGUUGCUCAGCUAAGCCAGCUUCGUCAUGCAAUCGGUGCCAUCCAUGUCGGCUGGGAAGCUAUCGGAAGAGGCCUCACUCUCAGUGCUGGUCACGCACUCCCCUCGUCCGACUUUAACAGCCCAGAUUUUCUCGAUCACCUACCAGCGUCCAAGAGGAUCGCCAUAGAGCCCAAUCCCAAUGCAUCUGCCGUCGUACGCUCCAUCGCUAGAGCGCCCGAAGGUCACAUCGAGUGCCUGCAAGAGGAAGACCCAAGUACGGAUGGCAAUCAGCAGCCCAUGACCCCUCCACCCUCGUCAAAGCUCGACACGCACACGGAUGGUCUCCACAGCGAAGCCUGGCAGCACGGCUCUGACGACACGCGCGAGGCCCCUUGCCAUUGGACGCACGACCUGAAAUCUCGGACAUUCGACCCAACGGCUGAGUUCCGCCUAGAUCCAGCGCCUUCUCCAUUGCGCAGUUCCGAGCUGACAAGCGAGCUUGGCAAGCUCAUGAUGACUUCCAAGCUUGGGCCUGCUCCACAAUCGUGGUCCUUUUCGCACGUUGAGGCACCCCUCGCGACUCCAUCAUUCGACUUUGACAUGCACGAUAUUCCCCUCGAGCACAAGCUUGGUCACGACUCGGCCACACACGCAUUGCGCAAAUCCGGUCGCAAAUCAAGCAGGAGACAAAGUGGCUACUUUUCGCAGGAUGACCUUGUUGGUUCCGAAGCACUUGACAGCGAUCAUCCUCAAGCAACACCAAGCUCGGACCCUUACAUGCCCUCCAAAGCCAACUCAGAGACCAUGGAAGGUCUAUUGAUUUACCGUGGUGCCGAUGCACCACUCGUUGGAGCCCGACCCAGCUCGCAUCGCCGUCCUUCUACUCCUCUCCUUGACAUUACGAACGCCGAUCAUGAGUCAUCGAGCUCGCUACAACCCCGGUCUAGUUCACAUAUACCCAUAGAUGACGCCUCGCGCAAUGCCGACGUCACUCCUCGCAAGAAACGCCAGCCUUCUCGCGAGAGCAUCCGGACCUCCCGAACCGAGCCUCGUGCUUCCUGUGACGCUCAACUGGCAGAGUCGCGCACACCUGGCGGACGAAAACGCAAGAUACCCAACAAUGACCCGCACGAACCCAUGCCUACACCUGCCAGGCUUUUCAGCGCUGCCAUCGAUGCCAAUCACUCGACAUUAGCUUCAGCCCCUGCGGACGAAGAUUCUGAGCCACACACCGGCCGCACUCGGAGGGUGCGUAAGAGCAUCAACUAUGCCUUGCCCAAGCUCAACACAAAGAUGCGAAAGCCAGACCCGGGCGAUCUCGUGCCAGCUUCAACACCCCAUCGCUCCAAAUCGAACACACCUGAGUUGAACCGCAGCAUGAUUGGAAGCACUGGCGAUCUCAGCGACAUUCGCAGAUUGCACGAGGCAGCUUCCUUGCGCCACUCCCCCGCCGAGCGCACUUUGAGAAUGCGCUCUGCACACCCUUCCAACAACAUCGUCAGCACUCACAUAAGCGACGACGACAGCGGAGUGCGCAUGGCCGACUUGUUUGAGAUUCGGCAGCACCCCAGGCAAGGUUCAGCGCACGCGCCCGGCUCUGAUGCAACUUCCAGCUAUGCACAUGCCAACUGGAACGGCAACCUGGAUGGGUUGACCGACACUUCGGACGACGACUCGCGUGCGACCAGCAACGCCGAUCUCGGUGAGCUCGCUGAACUCGAGGCUGCGAUGGGCGACCUAUGCACCGCGGAUCAUACACAGCAGCAGGUCGACACGCCACGAGCACCUCAGCCGUCCAUGUGGCCGUCGCGUUCUUCGACUGAAAUGAGUGCUUCUUCUUCAACAGACAGCAACCUCUCUCGCGCUUCGAGCAUGACAAGCAAUGCGACGGCGACCAGAAGGCCUUCACUGCGUCGCAAGACAACACCGCUCCCGUCUCGUUCUCGCCAAUCCUCUGCAGAGCAACCGUUGUCGUCGGGAUCCGUCGCCGGCUCCGAUCCGCCCUCGUCAUCGGGCGAUAGGUCGGAAGAUCCGAGUGUCGCCAAUGCCGUGCAGCGCGACCCCAACUUAUCAACCUCCGUGGAGAGCAAAUCUGCUCUGGCUAUCUAUGGGAGGAAGGGACCGGACGAUGCCAAGAAGAUCAACGCGUCAAGCGCAGGCUCCGAACAUAGCCGUGCCACAUCUGGUGCAUCCAGCUCCACUGUGCUCGGUAAUGAACGUCCCCCGCUUCCAGCCUCUGGUCUGGCUGCUGGCAUGAAGCCGAAGCAAAGGCCUGCAAGCGCCGGCGCUGCUCCGGUGGGACGCGCUACAAGCGUAUCAGCGACUCCUGGUCACAGCGUUGAUCGACCGCAAACCUUCUCGGGCACGACGGCGGUAAAGGCAAACCUCAUGCAGGCAGCCGCAUUGUCCAGCACGACCGGCAGCAUUGGCAGAUCUGGCUCAUCCGUCUCAACUCAGCGAGCCAGCCUACAUUCGGCUCUCAUGAAUCGAGACAAAGCAACGCCAGGUCAAACGACUCCGCGAAUCGGCGCCAAAGGACUGGUAUCAUCCUCAACACCGUCAGCAAAGGAAUCACCCCGGACGAUCAGGGGAAUACCCAUCCUGAGGCCCACGCCGUCAACAAGCAGUCUGACAUCUGAGUCGAGCGGCAGGUCCAGCCCGGCUCUUUCUGCCGCGUCGAUCAGCAGCAAUGGCACUCGUCUCUCGACAUCUACCAGAACCUCGCAGAAGGCUGCAGGAGGUACCGCCACUGCACAGUCUGUCCGCUCGCAACGACCCGGCACUGCAGGUUCGUGCUCUUCCAGCUCAUCCUCUCUGAGCCAGGACUCUGCAUUGCGGCUGAAUGGGUCCGUUUCGGCCACAGGCGCGGGAAGCAACAGCAGCGCGAGACCUUACCCGACCCGAUCGAUGCCGAGCCUACGCCGUGCAAGCGAAAAGGCAGCUGUGACUUCAACGCCAAGGAUCACGGUGCGCUCGUCUUCGUCUACACUUCCUGCCGUGCCAAAAUCCAGUGCGGCGAAUGGAAGCACCCAUUCAGCCACCUCGAUCGCUGCUUCCAAAGUCGCAAAGGCAAUCUCUGCCAGUGCAGGUGCUCGUUCCCAGGACUCAACGCUGACGACCAUGGGACUUGGUAUUGAUUUUAACACCGGAUCAGCAGAACAGGAGACGCUUUCCUUGCUCGCCGAGCACAUACUUUAUCUCUCCAUCACCUCCUUCAAAACCUCUCACGCCAUCCACAUCCUCCGCUUCCAAGAACAGCAAAGUCAAAACGGUAUCGAGCGCAACAAAGCAGCCGUUGACCAUCGAUCCCAGAAGCGGCAGCUUCUCACCACAAAACGCAGCGGCAUUCUUGGUGAAUGGAUUGACGGAGAACGCUUUCAGCUUCAUCCUUUGGUGGACUUUCUGGUUCGGUAUUGUUCACGCGUACGAAUAACGCGGUUUGCGCAAGGCGAAUGGACACACACGCUCUCUGUUAUUCAAUUUGCGUGCGUGAACCGGGAGAAGAAGAUUGCUUAA